AUGGGUCUGUCUAUCGUUCUCAACAUCGAAUAUAGAGACCACCUUGUCCGAUGCUGCUGCCAGCAGGUGUCCAUUUUUGGGUUGAAAUCUCACCUGUGCACUUCCUCCUUGCUACGCCAUGCAAUUGAGACGGUUUUGAAAACAGAAGAGAUCAGUCUUCUUAGGAUGGAAAUCGAGGGACAUCACGUGGGAAGAAUGCCCUGUGUGAGCAUGCAGACAAUAGCUUGGCUGCAUUUCAAAGUAUAUAUUGAGCAAGCACCUUUUACUUUAAUAAGGAUUUACGGCAAACUACAGAAAACAAGUCAAACGAAAAUAGGGACUAUUGUGCACAUAGAAGAUCACGCCAUAUUGGCAGUGAACCGAGAUAAUAAUCCAAACAUUUCAGAUAUCCGAACGAGUAAAGUUUAUAACGAACACUUGCCAAACCCAUCAAAAUAUGGUUUCAAAAGCACGGAACAAAAUAGUUUCAAAAUGAAAGAUUGUCUCAAAAAUGAUGCAAUUCCACCAGCUCCUUCCGCACCAUACAUCAUCACACUCUUGGAGAUAUUGUUAGCAUGCUGCAUGCUGCUAGCAGUGGCCAUCCCAUCACCAGGUUUCCUUGUGCCUGAGCUUGUGCAAGAACCUGCUGCUGCUGUGAUGCCAAUAGGAACUGGUUUUGUGUCUGCAGAUUGGGUUUCUGUACUUGUAAACCCAAACUUGGCCUCAAUUGGUCAAUUCCCUAAAUAA